AAAUAACGGAGACUUACCCUAAACCCGCCCAUCACACCAAACUCUCAACAUUCAAAAACAAAAGGUUGAAUCCUUUUUUUCUCUGGUUUUCUUCUUCUUCGCGUCGUAUCGUAAAAAGAGAAGAAGCGCGAUUCUCUAUUGGUAUCUGGGGACUCUCAGAUUCUUGGGUCUUCUUGAUUUUUGCUGGGAAAGAAGAAUUGGUACUUUAAUUUUGUUGGGUCAAUCUUCGCUGUAUCAGACACUGGUUCUCUUCGUUACUUUGCUAUUCAUCAACUUUACUCUUUUCAGAAUUCGAAACUCUGUAUUUCUCGAUUAGGGUUAUCUUCAAUUCAAUUCGAUUAGGAUUCGAAUUUCAAAAAAGGACCAUUUUCGUGUAUUUAUCAAUAGUUCAAUACGGAGUAUAUAAUCCCUUUUUGUGUUCGAUGAUAUUUAUGUUCACAGAUCAAGAUGUUCAUUUUUUGUUAAAAAGAUCAGUUUCUGGGAAGUUUAAAGUCAUCGAUUUCAUCAAUUUUCUGCGGAAUUUCAUAAUUCAUCCGGAGAAUGAUGUUUUCAUUUUUUUGGUUAGUUUUUUUUGGAAUUGAUUAUGGUACAUUUCUCAUAUGAAAAUUGGUGUUGAUUGAUUUGUUUUCCUUAUUCGGAUAUGAUUUAGAAUCAUUUAGUAUCUCAUUAUGAAAAAGUUACUAGGAUACACACUAAUAUAUCCGAUACUGUUGUCAUUUAUUGUCUAGCUUACUGAAUUCAUCAUUGUGGCUUUUUUUGCUUUUCAGAGGAACCAGGAGGGGGAGAAUGGGAAGAAAUCUUGGUUCGGCAUUUAGACAAGAGUUGGCUAAUCUUGACAAAGAUCCAGAUUCCCACAAGACUGCAAUGAGCAAUUUGAGAUCGAUUGUGAAAGAUUUGGAUGCAAAGGUGGUUCAUGUUUUUGUUGCUCAACUUUCUGAUGUCAAAGAGAUUGGGUUGGAGUCUGGUGGUUACACUGUAUCUCUCUUUGAAGACCUUGCUCGUGCUCAUGGAGUCAAGAUUGCUCCUCAUAUAGACAUUAUCAUGCCGGCGAUUAUAAGAACAUUGAGCUCCAGUGAAGGGUCUUUACGUGUUCAACAGGCUUGCUCAAGGGCAGUAGCUGCUAUGGCUAGAUAUGGAAUUGAUCCUACAACACCAGAAGAUAAGAAAACGAAUGUGAUUCAUUCUCUUUGCAAGCCACUCUCUGAUUCUCUUAUAGAUUCGCAACAUCAACAGCAUCUUGCUUUGGGAUCUGCUCUUUGCUUGAAGUCACUUGUGGAUUGCGAUAAUUGGCGAUCUGCUUCUAGUGAAAUGGUUAAUAAUGUUUGUCAAAGCUUAGCUGUUGCUCUUGAAGCUACUUCAAGUGAAGCUAAGUCUCAUAUGGCACUUGUUAUGGCACUUUCCAAGCACAAUCCUUUUACUGUCGAGGCAUAUGCAAGGCUUUUUGUGAAGUCGGGUCUGAGGAUUCUGGAUUUAGGUGUUGUUGAGGGAGAUUCUCAGAAACGGCUUUUAGCUAUACAGAUGCUCAACUUUCUGAUGAAGAAUCUGAAUCCCAAGAGUAUUUCUUCUGAGUUAGAGCUUAUAUAUCAAGAGAUGGAGAAAUACCAAAAAGAUCAGCAUUAUGUCAAAAUGGCAGCUCAUGAAACCAUGAGACAAGCAGAGAGAUUAAUAUGUGAGGCAGAUCCGAUGUUUGAUGCAGAGAACUGCAAGCCCCGAAACUCGCUCAGCGGAUCAGUCAAGUCUACAUCAAGUCUGCGAGAACAUGAUGGGAGUGUCUAUAGUAGACAAGAUAGGAGUUAUGUAAACGAUCAAGACGAGUAUGAUGUUUUGUUUUCUGGUGUAGCCAGUGGAAGAACUCUUGUCUCAGGCUCUCCUCUGGUGACUUUCGGAGACAAUAACCAAGAAACUGGUUUUGUUAUCGAGAGUCCAAGAAUUGGAGAUCAGAUUCAAUGUUCUGGUGUUGAAAAUGGCAACAUUGAGUCAGUUUGGUUCCAUCAGCGGAACAGAAGCUCCGAGUUUAAUGAAUCUGUGUGCUCUAGGACCAACCGCUCAAGAAGUUCAAGACGAAACACCAAGAAGAGACAAUCAGGAGACAUUUGUUCAAAACAUCACAGGCAUGGUUUCGCACAAGAUCCAUUCACUGAGUUACUAGAUAACAGACAGCAGCUGCUACAGUACAGUGAAACCUCGUCAUCAUCAUCAAUAUAUGAUACCUCUGGUACUACAACUCCAACCAACACAACAGAAGAUAUCUGUGAGAAACCAAAAACAGAUUUGGAUUCUGAGGCCAAACUUAAGACAGUGGAGACUGAACUAGACCCACGUCUGGGACGGAGCAAGGGUGUGUUAAAAUUGGGAUUGAGUGUCUUCUCUAUUGCAGUUGCAGGGUUUGCUUCUUUCAUGUGGAUGUAUCUCCAGGAUGAUAUGAUGCCUCCUCAUCUUGUUCCGACUUAAAAAGUCUAAGGGAUGAACAUUAAAAAGCUUAGAACUUACAUAGGUUCAAAUUCUAGCUUAGUUCUCUUGUUCUUUUGUCAAUGUGUGGAUCAUGUUCAAAUACUAGUUUGUUUGUUUUCUUUUUCCUAAUGAAUUUGUCACUUGUUCAAAAGUCGAAACAACUGUUAACCAGAC